GAUGUAAGCACCCUGUGGCUUAAAUUAGUCCAUGGAUUUUUCAUCAUUUCUGUAACUCUACAGCUGUUAGUCAUUAUGGCUGCUAGCAGGACCAUAAGUUAAUGGGAGAGGUGGGGUUUCGUCCUCUGAGAACACAAGUGGGAUGUAGGAGUGAAGCUGUCCUAGGCUGUUAUGGUGUGCAAUUAGACUUUGCUGUUGACUUAAACCGAUAAGGCAUAAGAGAGAAAAAUAAUGAAAGAUGUUAUUGUGUGCUUACAGGGGAGAGGCAAUCCCAUAUUCCCGUUUGGUUGUACCUGUCCUUCUCUUGGUUGGCUGGCUUGCAGGUUGUGCAUUAAUGGUGUACUAUGUCUUCUCCUAACAGAGGGAAAGAAGCCAUUGCAAAAGAACCUUCAAACUAGAUGAAAACAGCUCUUUCUUUCUU